AUGUAUCAAUGGCUUCCAGUAUGUUUUGUCGAGUCUCAGAGAAACCGCACCUCGAUUCCUGCAGCGGAUGCCUCCUUCGACAAUCGAAAUACAGCUUGGAAAAUUCAGGAUUUGGUGUGGAAAUUUGGGGGCUUUGCAGACGGGCUAUUCCUCUCUUUGAGAGAGUCGCCUCUCAUGCAAAAGAACAUCUCACAACUUCUCCAACAGCUUGGGAUAGCAUUGGUAGAGUCUACCGCUGUGGUAUCAGGACAAAGGCUUCCGUUCGAUGAGGAGUCUAUCCCGUCAGAUCUAAGCGAAGAAUCCGAAGAUGACACAAACAACGAGUACUUCCCAUCAACUGAGCUAUCUAUGAGGGUUACAAGUAUUACAGACAUACUCAGUAGCCUAUACAGAUUAUCCCACAAAAUUCGAAACUCUGGUCUGCGCCCUAGUACUACUAGGGCUAACUUGAUCCAAGCGGUGGAUAAUAACACGGGCAUUGAUCUAUUUGAUACGAUUUAUGAAUUUGACUCAAGGCACCUGAUUGAACUUUUCACAGCCAUGCGUCAGGGAAAGCCUGAGGACGAUGGAUCUUCUGAUGCUCUUCUUGAAAGACUCACAACAUCUAAUGUCUUACGUCGGAAGCAAUUUAGAUACUGGGAAAGGCAUGCUAGAAAGCUUGGUGUUCAGAUUCUACCUGUGCAUCAGACACCUAUCAGAGAAAGGCCCUCAGUGUCAGAGCUUGCAGAGGACGUGGGACUUCUACAGAUACAACGGCUUGAACUCCCUCCCCCGGUUGAGGAACAAAGUCACCUCUCUGAGACUAAUGCGACACCGCAUGAUCCCGCCCUAGAUGAUAGAACAGAGAGGGAAACUAUACUGUCGAUGGCCUCGACUGCCCUCGAUGCCGAUGGAAAAGGAAUUGAGGUCCCCAAACCUCCUGAGGAGGCACUGAAUGGAGACUCCUUUACCUGCCCUUACUGUUGGGUGGUUUGCCCCCCGAAAGAAGGGAAAGGGAAGAGCUGGAAGUCGCAUGUUCUUCAUGACUUGAAGCCUUACGUAUGCACGUAUGAAACAUGCAACUCGGCCAACGAUCUUUAUCAAUCAAGAAAAGCGUGGGUGGAUCAUGAAGAAACUGUACAUCGACCUAGUUGGCGAUGCCGCGAUCACCCAGAUGCCUGGUAUGCUUCAUCUUCCAGUUUUCAGAGUCAUCUGUUACUAGAUCAUGAUAGAAGCCUCUCUGGCGAGCAACUCGAGGACUUGACCAACGUCUCUAAAUUGGGUCGCGUCGAUGACCGCAAUGUUUGCCCCAUAUGCUUCGAAGAACAACCGUUCCUCAAGGGACUGACCAAUCAUGUAGCAAACCAUCUUGAGCGAAUUGCACUAUUUCUCUGCCAAGGACCAUCCCCAGUGAUGAGAAAAAACAUGGAUGAAAGCCAGUUCUCCAGGCCUGUCGGAGAGGCAUCAAAUGCGAGGCAUAAUCAGCAUAUGACCGAGUCGAUUGAGCAAGCACUGGACGUGACCCAUGAGGCGACAGAGGCUCCGGAAUACAAUGAGAUGCUGGAUCCUCGCUACCAAGUUGCUAAAUCGCACAUGUUCCAGCCUGGUGAGGUUUUUAAGACUGUCUGGCCUGAACCUGCCCCUGGAAUUCCGCAUAUCGGCGAGGAAACACUAUAUCGUGAUCAUUAUGGUGAAUUUGUAUUUGUCAGCUUUCGUCGCUUCAUUGUUGUGGCCAACGACAGAGGUCAUUGCACAUGCGUGCCAAUCACAACAUAUGGUGGAAAAGGAUUGAAAAAGAAAGGAGUUGAUCCUCAAAGUCAUGGCAUCGUUUGUGAGUCCGAUAAGCGCUACCCUCAGAUUCUACAAGGGGAACCUGAACCGGGAUUUCCUCCUAUUCGUGUUUAUAUACAAGAUCCCGGUGAGAGGAUAGACGGGACGACUCGAGUAUGCUAUGCAAAGCUUAUGACCGUUGAGCAUACCCUCCAAGUCCUUUUUAUAGGGCGCGUUGUGUCCUCGGAUUUUGACACAGUCUCUGAAGCAGUGAAUAUGUGCUGGGCGAAGAAAGACCAUAGAAUGAGGAGAAGAUGA